UUUUCCCAUCUUUCGUUUACCCGGACCCUUUUUGCAGACGGAACUUAACACAGUCCGCUUCCGGUCGAGCUGUCAACAAACCAAGCCACGAGUUUCCAAAGCAGAGAAUGCCGAAGACACAGAAGAAGGGUAAAGCUCCGGAUAAGGUUGUGCAUCCGUACAGUCGGAAAGCAGCCUACAUGGCCCGGGAGGAAAUCCGACUCAAGAAAAAAGAACGACAUAAAGUUGACAAAGCUGCACGUCUCAACAACAUUGGUGAGAAGCUGUUAUGGUUUCAGAGCCAGUUGGAUCCGGAAAAGACAACAUACACCAAAAAGGAUGCAUGUGACAUCAUUGAAAGGUACCUGCAGCGGUACGACGGCGAACUGGAGCAGAUCGAGCUGAUGAACGGCAUCAAGGGGCGUCAGGGGCGUCUCCACGGCUCCAGGGAGGACGUCAUCAAGCAGACCAUCGAGCGCGAGCGGGCGCUCUACUGUGGUGCCGGGUUUGAGAUCCCAGACUUCAUUAACACAAAACAUCUGAAAACAUUCAGGGAAUGGACGGGAGAUCUGAAGAAACUUCCUAACAUUCGACUGAGAAAGGUUUCCAGCAUGGGCGUGGAAGUCAAGGAUCAAGAAGAGCAGAAGAACGACCAACAAGAAGCAGAGUUGGAUGAUGAGGCGGCGGCGUUGGACGAAAACACACUGAUGUCCGAUUCCAACUAAGACACUUAUGUUGUCUUUCAUGAGCCUUGUCAAAGACUUUCUAACAACAAACAACAAGGUCGACAGUUUGCUACACAUUUGCUACACUCUGUUUAUUGCACAAACAAGUGUGGUGGCUAAGCUAAAUAGGACGUUUUUUUUUUGUUUUUUUUUAUCCAAUCAAAGACAAGAAAGAGUAGUGGAGUUGUUAUGGUUUUUACUUUUUUUGUGGCAUCUCUGGUAGAAAAGUGAACACAUUGUAACAAAGUCAAUUUAAAUGUAAAGGUUUUUGUUUUUUUUCGACGUAGCGCCACAGUGAAAGACU